UGUAGGUCAGUUUAGUCUUGAAAGUUGAAGUUUUUGAACGCACCAAUAGGGGCGUACAACAAUCCGCCAUCUUGUUCCAGUGACAAUUUAGAUUUUAUUUAAUUUAACUCGUAUAUAUUUAUUAAAUCCGUUGACAAAAGUGAUAUUUACGAAGCUGUGUAGUGUUUUUAAAGCCUGUGAUAUUUAAGUGUCCGAAUAUUUUUUGUUAUCAUAAAUUUCUCUACGUUAUUGUCAGUCCGAUUUUGACGUCGAACGAAGUAGAUAAUCAAAAUGGGCACAAGAGAAGACGAAUACGAUUAUUUGUUCAAAGUUGUUCUCAUAGGGGACUCAGGAGUGGGUAAAAGUAGCUUGCUGUCUCGUUUCACUAGAAAUGAAUUCAACUUAGAAUCAAAAUCCACAAUAGGUGUGGAAUUUGCAACAAGAAGUAUAGAGGUGGACGGCAAAACCAUAAAAGCUCAGAUCUGGGACACGGCGGGUCAGGAGCGGUACCGCGCGAUCACGUCCGCGUACUACCGCGGUGCUGUGGGCGCGCUUCUGGUGUACGACAUCGCGAAGCACCUCUCCUACGAGAAUGUGGAGCGCUGGCUGCGCGAAUUGCGCGACCAUGCCGACCAGAACAUACUCAUUAUGCUCGUCGGCAACAAGAGCGAUCUCAGGCAUCUGCGAUCCAUCCCGACAGAAGAAGCGAAAGCGUUCGCGGAAAAAAAUGGUCUUAGUUUUAUUGAAACAUCGGCCCUCGACUCCACCAACGUGGAGCCUGCAUUCCAGAAUAUUCUAACUGAAAUCUACAGGAUCGUGUCUCAGAAGCAGAUGCGCGAGCCGCCCGAGGGCGACGUGAUCCGGCCGGACGCGGAGCCGGCGGACGUGCGGCCCGCCGCAGACUCCGUGCGCAAGCAGUGCUGCCAGUAGACACUAAAGUCCAGUUCACGAUGGAGCCGAAGAGGGAAGAGAAUGGUAUAGUAAACACAAGAUUGAAUCAUUCCCGACAGACGACAGAGGAGAGAGGACAGGGGACGGACAGAGGGACGGUGGUGGGUAGCGCAGUGCGGUGAUGCCGCCGCGCCGCGCUGCCGCCACAGCUGCGGCUCAUGUAGAUAGCUUUCUGUAAUUAUUGAUAUUUAGUGUCGGAAUGAAUAAAGUUAAACAAAAUCUAUAUAUUUAAUAAUUAUUGUAAUGUGAGCGAUUCCUUAAACACUAUGUAGUAUCAAUACAUGUUGAAAUUAUUCAGAUGCACACUAAAUUAUCUUUUAUUUUCUUUAAUGCGCUUUCAAUUAUUUUUCACAAUUUUAAUUCGUUCCCUGUUAUAUUUUAAAAGCUAUUUUGUUUGAAUGUAGUAGAUAAUUCAUUAUAUAUCUAUUUAUUUAGUUAAUAUACAAUUGUUAGCCUUUCCGGCUGCGUAUGAUAUGUGAUUUGUUCAAAUUUGAUCGGUUCCAAAUGAUGCAAUAGUGUUGGCUUGAAAAUAUAUAUAAAUAUAUAAUUAAUGAUGUUAUAUAGCACACAAAUCGUCGCUUCGUGGUUCAAAUAUGUGUAAUUCAUUUUUUUUUGUAUAACAUUAGCCGGUAGGAUAACUAAGAGAUAGCUUUUUUAAAAUGAUCAUUUUUUUCUUUACGGAUAUUAUGUGCCUUCAGCGGAAGUGUUGAGACAUUGAUAGCUUUCAUUGUUCAAGUUUGUAGCGGAGAUGUGAGGAAGGUUGCUCCUUUUAUGUUUGGUAAGACAAGCUAAUAUGUAGAUGGCCCUUGCAUGUUUUAUGUUUAUGAAAAUAUACUGGAAAUUACAAUGAAAAUGUUUAUUCAAAUCGGGUGCUAGGAAUGUUUUAAAAGUGUUCCUUCCAAUUUUUUUAUUUAAUUUUGCUCUGUUUUAUUGAGUUUUAUAAAAAUUAAACUUUGUAGUUCAAAAUAAACAAAAUUACCGACAUGGUAAAAGUAACUUUACACGCUGUCUCGUUUAGAAGUUAAUUCAAAGAAAAUAAUAAAUGUAAGGGCUUAUCUAUAUAGUGUUAUCGUUAACGAAGUCGCCGCCAUGGUCGUUUUUAAAGUUUGAUAAUAUUUUGUUGAGAGAAAUAAGAUGGUGGGACUUUGCCGCGCGUUUUUAAUCUGUCACGCCAUCUUGUCUAUGGAAAUAAGGGCUUGCUUGUCUAUGGAAAUAAGGGCGUUCACCUGCUAGUUUAGUGCCGUCUUAAUAUCUAUUGAAUACUCAGGCGAGCCUACGCACGCAAACAAGUUGGUCUCAUUCACAUUAACCCAGUCGGGCACGGAGACGACAGUCUCGCGGCUCGUCACCACUGAGACAGUGUUCGUUGUAUAAGAAAUAUGUUAUUAUGGUCUUCAUAUGCAUGGUUAUUUUUUUAGUGCCUAUCUGUAAUUACUUUAUUAAAGACAAAGAUAAUAAAAUAUAAUGUAAAUUU